AUGAUUUUUCCAUCCAAAAAGGCAAACGCAGCCUUCCGUAACACAGGAUCCUGCCGUUGGAGUUGCACCUACCUUCCGGAAUCCAGUUCGACGACGAGGCCAUUGGCUCCAACCAUGAUCCUGGGGACCCCAUCUUCAGCCUCUGAUCUUGACAGCCGGAAUUUAGAUAAUUCCACUCCUGUUUUGGAUAACAUUCCAUCACAAAUUUUCUCGUCGGCAUUCCCACCUACUCGGUCACACCAGACAGUAAAAUUGCGUGCCCGGUGCCGACGUUCUGGAUCAAACGAAGCUAAAAAGCAAACUUCUCAAAAUGUCUUGAUUGACUCCAAAAGAAGUACAGGAGCAUAUAGCGGCAGCACUUUUGUUCCAGCCGUAAUUGCUGACCAUAUUUGUGGGUAUUUUCGCGACGUGCUGCAAAAUGGGGUAGUACUUGGCAACGUUAUUCCCAUAAAGAUGAAGUAUGCUCUUGCGUUUGCUGCCUCUGAAUUCGUGAACUUUCGGCUGAUCGAAUUUAUAUCACUAUGCCAACUGCAUCAAGUACCGUUGGAAACGACUAUCCUGGAUUGGACUGAAGAGUACUGGUCCCUGCCAUACGUUGUAGUCAACUUCCGAGAUGACGCGGAAGCCAAUCUCAUCGUCGGGCGUAGUGUUUUGAUAAAAUAUGUCUAUCAUGUCUGGUGUGAGGCUUCAUGUCUGAAUGACUUACUGGGAAUGAUUCAGAAUCUCCCAAGUCAUCUGACUGAUAAGUACUUGAACAGCGGGACGUCCUACAAGGUGGUUGUCAGCUCUGCUAACAGAAAGAUCGGUCAUGAAGAAAAACUAGCCAUGAUAGAAGAUGUCCUGAAUGCUCAUCCAGUUGUUGAUGCCACCGUGCAGCUGAAAAACCCUGAGCAUCAGUUACAAAUCUUGUUGGACUACGAGCCACGGAAUUGGGUCAAGGGAACACCUAAAUGUGGUGCGAAAUUACGUCGUUUAUUUUAUGGUCGGCUCACUGGAAACAGUAAACGGAAGGAAAUAAUCAAUGCGUACCGGCUGGCGAAUCGUGUUUAUCUCGGCAACACAAGUAUGGACGUUCGACUCGCUGGAAUCAUGGCCAACAUCGGUUUGUGUGAACCUGGCAGUCUCAUCUGGGAUCCAUUUUUGGGAGCUGGUAGCAUUGUUAUUGCCGCCUCUAUAUGGGGUGCGUUUGGAGCGGGGUCAGAUAUUGAUUACGCACUGCUACAUGGAAUGGGAAUGUCUCCCAAGGCAGGUCAGGGUAAACGGAUGGAUGGCGAAUGUCUGCGCACAAACUACUAUCAAUACGGUCUUCAGUCAUGCUAUUUGGAUGUUGUUGUGGCCGAUGCGGCAAGCCUACAUCGUCUUCUUCGUGCACCCGGUGUGGAGAACCUGAUGAAUCCAAUGCAUCCUGUUGACGGCAAUUCUAACAUCGGGUUGCUUGAUGCCAUCCUAACAGAUCCUCCAUAUGGAUUUCGGGAAAGUAGCCGCCGGGUUGCUGUUCAGGCAGUUGAACGGGCACCUAGUAUGGUGACUGCAGAUCGGCUGUCAGAAAUCACAGGUAUCCCACUAACAGACUUGCUGAAAAACGAUCAAACAGAAGAGGCUUUGUUGACAGUUCCACAUGAUCUUCCCCAUAUUCCGCAUAAAGAAACCUACCCGCUCUCUGAGACCCAUAGAGAUCUAAUGAAUCUCAGCGUCCGUUUGUUGAAACCAGGAGGACGCUUGGUGUUUUGGAUCCCGAGGAAGCGAGAUAACUCGAGUGCACUUGCCUCUGUCCCUCAUCACCCUCGCCUGCGACUUCUUGCUGUGUGCGAACAGCUACUGAAUGCCCGGAAUUCUCGCUUAAUGAUUGCCAUGUCUAAGCUAUAUCCGAACGAUCCCGAUGAAUCAGAUGUGCGCUCCGCGGCAGUAUUUUUCCCUGCUGAUCCACUUUUGUCUUGAAUGUUAUGAAUUGCAGGUAUUUUUGUACAUUGUUUCACGGAAACGUCUAUUCAUAUACAGAUUUUUUCAAAGUCGA